AUGGGUGAUAGUGAUGAUGAUUUUGAUAGCCGACGAAAUCGAGAUAAGUUUCGCCGUGAACGUGAUGAUUAUGGUGGCAAUCGGGCUAAUAACAAUCGAAAUAGUGGUGGUGAUUGGAAUGAUGGAAGAGAUCGACCAAAUCAAUUUCGACGACAAUAUCCUGGUAGUGGAGGACCACCACCAGGACGUGAUUUUCCUCCACGAUACAAUCGAAGUCCUGGUCGAUUUGAUAUGAGUCCACCACAUAAUAAACGUGUUCGUCGUGAUUGGGAUGGUGUUGAUCAAUCGCCAGCUCAUUUUGAUCCACCAAGUGGUGCACCUUAUUUUCAUGGUGGUCCAGGUUUUCAUCCAAAUUUUCCACCAAAUCUUCAUCAGUCUGCAGGUGCACCUACAGAGCAAUUUAAUAAAGAUGCAUCUGAUAGUAUAACUCAGCCACCAAUGCUGAGUUUUAAACAUUUUCUUCAAGAUCAAGAAGAUAAUAUUGAACAAGAAGAGGCUAUAAAACGUUACAAUGAAUAUAAAACAGAUUUUAAGAAAACUCAAAUUGCUGAUUUUUUUACAGCACACAAAGAUGAAGACUGGUUUAAACAUAAAUAUCAUCCAGAUGAAUAUUCAAAACGUCGUGAAGAACAACGACAAAUCAUUAAAAAACGACUUGAUAUAUUCAUGGAACUUUAUAGAAAAGGCUAUUUGGAUGAUGUUAGUGUCGAUGUAGAAAAUCAACGCACACUUACAAGAUUUCUUGAUGCCGUUGUUAUCAAAUUGGAAGGUGGUAAUGAUCAUGAUCUUCGUGCUCUUGAUGUAGCAACAUCUUUCAGUAAUACAACUGUUGAAAAUGACGAAGUUGACGAUGAUAUUCCGAAACAAUCAUCUAGUACGCACGAACCAGCACAAUCAGAGAAAACAGAUAGUUCAAUAUCUGUUGUAGUAACUGAUUCAAAGAAACCAGCGGAGCAUAAACGAAAACGAGAAGGUAGUGCAUCCGAUGAUGGAGCUGUAUCAGAUGGUGUAGAAGACGAUGACGAGGACGAAAAGAAAAUAAACGAUAAAAAUGAAGUACCAACAGAAAAUGAAGCAGCAGAAAAAAAACAAGAAAAUGGACCUACAGCUAGCGAAUCAAAAGAAAUCAAUGAAAUUAAAAUAUCUUCACAUGAUAAUGAACCAGAAGCGGGUGAAGUACCGGAUGCACCACGAGCAUUACAUCGUACACUUUCAAUAUUUUUUCGUCAUUUGACCAUGCAAACAACGAAAGAGGAUGUUGAAAAUAUAUGUAAACAGUACUCGGGUUUUCGUCGUGUUUGUAUUACGGAUCCUGCACCUGAACGAAAAUUUUGUCGACGUGGUUGGGUAACAUUUGAUCAUUCAGUUCAAAUACGAAAUAUAUGUUAUGAGCUCAAUUCAGCAAAAUUACACGAAAUGGAUAUGGGUGCAAUUAUUAAUCGUGAACUUAAAAAUCGUAUACGUACUAUCAAUGGAAUCGGACAACAUAAAACAAUAGUACGAAAUGAUCUUCGACUCAUAACUAAAAUUAUUCAACAGUUAGACGAUCGAUGGAAUAUUUGGGAAUCGAAGAGUAAUGAUAAUGUUGAGCAAAAACAACAACAACAACAACAAACAUCAUCGACUGAUGAUUCCGAAAUUUCUUCGUCAACAGCAUCAAUGGUUAUAUCAUCAGUUCAAAAUAAAAAACCAAUUGGUUUUAUUAGCCAUAAUCCAUUAUUGAAAAAUAUAACUGAACAUCUAGUAGAAGAAGCUGAUGCCGAAGAAGAAGAAUUACUCGGUGAAGCGUCAAAUCAACAUGGUGAUUCAAAUGCAUUUGAAAUGGAUAAACAAUUAGCCAAAGUUCUUGAUCGUUUAAUACUUUAUUUACGUGUUGUUCAUUCAAUUGAUUAUUAUAAUGGAGCAGAAUAUGCACAAGAAGAUUCAAUGCCUAAUCGUUGUGGUGUUAUUCAUGUACGUAGUGCACCAUUGUCAUCGAUAACAGAAACUGAAUUAUCUAAUUUCAUGCAACACUUCGAAGCACGUCUUAAACCAUUUAUUGAAUUUCAUGAAAAAUUAGAUGAUGAUGAAGCCAUGAAAUUAGGCGCAAAAAAUGAACAAGAAGAAGUUGAAAAAUUUAUUAAUGCUAAUUGUCAAGAAGUUGGAAAAGAUAAAUGGUCUUGUCCAUUAAGUGGAAAGAAAUUUAAAGGCCCUGAAUUCGUUCGAAAACAUAUUUUAAAUAAACAUCAAGAUAAAAUUGAUGAAGCUAAAAAAGAAGGGGUCUAUUUUAAUAAUUAUUUAUAUGAUCCAAAACGACCACAACUACCUGAGCAUCCUUCAACACGACCAGGAGCAACAUUAACUGGACCUCAUCCAUCUGGUCUACCAUUACCUACACCUUCAACUCCAAUGGGAGGUCAAGGAUUAAUUAAUCGACCACCUAUGUGGCCUCCAAUGUCUGCACCAGCUCAUCCUGGUCCGCCAGGUCCUUAUUAUAAUCAAUUUCAUCAACAUAGACACCCACGGCCACCAUUUAUGUAUCAAAGCCCUGGUGGUCCAAUACAUAGAGCACCAAUGAAUCGGCAAUUGAAAAGCUAUGAAGAUCUUGACGCACCGAAUGAAAUGUUAUUUUAA